AUGAAGGAUAAAAAAGGGGAGAGGGAAAAGCAGCCGACCACGCCGAAACGGAGUGGCUUAAGGGAGAAAAAGGCGGAGAAAGAAGAGCAGCACACCACGACGAAACGGAGUGGCUUGAGGGAGAAAAAGGCGGAGAAGGAGCAGCAGCCCACCACGCCGAAACGGAGUGGCUUGAGGGAGAAAAAGGCGCAAAAGGAGGAGCAGCCCACCACGCCGAAACGGAGUGGCUUGAGGGAGAGAAAGGCGCAAACGGAGGAGCAGCCCACCACGCCGAAACGGAGUGGCUUGAGGGAGAGAAAGGCGCAAAAGGAGGAGCAGCCCACCACGCCGAAACGGAGUGGCUUGAGGGAGAAAAAGGCGCAAAAGGAAGAGCAGCCGACCUCGCCGAAACGGAGUGGUUUGAAGGAGGAAAGGGCGGAGAAGAAAGAGAAGUUGAAAAUGCCGAAACGGAGUCGUUUGAAGGAGAAAGAAGUAGAGAAAGAAGAACCGUCGACCUCGCCGAAACGGAGUCGUUUGAAGGAGAAAAACGUGGAGAAGGAAGAGGAGGUGUUCGUAGAGGGAGAGGAGGAUGAUACGAACUCGGUUGAUGAAGUAGGAGCUAGAAUGGGGUCCAAUGAUGGAGGUUCUAGAUCUGAAGGGAGGGGGAAGCGGGGAUCGGGUAAAGCAGGUAAGAAGAUGUCGACGAUUGAAAAGGCUGAGGAAGAUGGAACGUCGGCGAGGUUUGUAGGUGAUCGGGUUCCUGAUGCAGAAGCGAGGAAAAAGUGGCCUCAUCGAUACAUAAAUGAGAUAAAGAACAAAGCUUCGGGUUCAAAAACUUCAAACAGUUCGGAUGAUUCUGAAGAGAUAACAAAGGCUAGAUGUCACUACACGAGGGCAGUGGUUGAUGGGGUCAUCUAUGAUUUAUAUGAUGAUGCUCAUGUCAAGGCUUCUGAUGGAGAACCGGACUAUAUAUGUAGGAUAAUUGAGAUGUUUGAGUCUGAGGAUAGGGUCCCCCAUUUUACUGCUCAAUGGUAUUAUCGAUCCACUGACACGAUCAUUAAAGAUAAGUACAUGUUGGAUGCAAAGUGUGUUUUCUUUUCUGAGAUUCGAAAUGACAAUCCCCUGGAAUGUCUUACCCAAAAGCUAAACAUUGUCAGAUUGGCACUCGAUGUGGAUUCUGACGCCAGAAGCAAAAAGACCUUAGACUGUGACUUCUAUUGUGACAUGCUUUAUUUGCUUCCAUACUCAACCUUUGUCAAGCUACCAUCAGAAAACAAUACAACUGGACCUGAGAUUUCAUCAACGAUAUCUAGUGAUGUUGAUCCUUCUGGGGUGAAGUCUGAGUCGGAUGAAGUUUGUCAAACCAGUGGCAGUAGGAAAUCAGAGGUGGCUUUACUGGAUUUGUAUUCUGGUUGUGGAGCAAUGUCAACUGGUCUUUGUCUCGGCUCUAAUUUGUCUCAUUUAAAUCUUGUUACGAAAUGGGCUGUUGAUUUGAAUAAAUUUGCUUGUGAAAGCUUGAGGUUGAAUCAUCCUGAGACACAGGUAAGAAAUGAGACUGCUGAAGACUUUUUAAUGCUAUUGAAAGAGUGGGAAAAACUUUGCAUAAGGUUUUCGCUUGUGAAAAGUGAUGACCCAAAAAAGCAACAAACAUAUUGUUUUGAUAUGGAUGAUGAAGAGGAUAAUGAUGAUGAUGAUGAUGAAGACGACAAUGAUGAGGACGAUUCAGAAGUGUUUGAAGUGGAGAAAGUAUUUGAUAUCUGCUAUGGAGAUCCUAAAGAAACUGGUGGCCAGCGUGAUCUCCACUUUAAGGUUAGUUGGAAGAAUUAUGGACGGGAUUAUGACACUUGGGAACCAAUUAGUGGUUUGGGUAAUUGUCGUGAAGCUAUAAAGAAAUUUGUCGUGCAUGGCUUCAAGUCCAGCAUUCUACCAUUACCUGGUGAUGUUGAAGUAAUUUGUGGCGGACCUCCAUGUCAAGGAAUCAGCGGUUUCAAUCGUUUUAGGAACACUAACAAUCCUUUAGAUGAUCCAAAAAACAAGCAACUCAUUGUUUUUAUGGAUAUAGUUGAUUUCCUCAAGCCCAAGUUUGUGCUGAUGGAGAAUGUGGUUGAUCUUUUGAAGUUUGCUGAUGGAUUUCUAGGACGUUAUGCCAUGGGUUGCCUUAUCAAUAUGAAAUACCAAGCUCGGUUGGGUAUGCUAGCUGCAGGGUCAUAUGGUCUUCCACAAUUUCGUAUGCGAGUUUUUCUAUGGGGUGCUUGCGCUACUGAGAAGUUGCCGCAAUAUCCUCUUCCCACUCAUGAUGUUCUCGUAAGAGGAGUGGUUCCUUUGGAGUUUGAGGGCAACACGGUGGCUUAUGAUGAGGGUGUUCGUCCUCAGUUGGAGAAGAAAUUAUUUUUAGAGGAUGCAAUGUUUGACUUGCCUGCGGUUGCAAACAAUGAAUCUCGGGAUGAAAUGCCAUAUAGUGGAGCUCCGAAAACAGAAUUUCAAAAGAUGAUUAGAUCGAAGAAAAUGGGUUUGGGAUUAAAUAAUGUAUUGUAUGAUCAUCGCCCUCUUGUGCUAAAUGAUGAUGACUAUCAACGAGUUUGUCAAAUACCAAAGCGAAAGGGAGCAAAUUUUAGGGAUUUACCUGGUGUCCGAGUAAGACCAGAUAAUAAGGUGGAAUGGGAUCCUGAACUUCCGAGGCAAUACUUAAGCUCGGGAAAACCUUUGGUUCCUGAUUAUGCCAUGACUUUUGUCAAUGGAAGUUCUUCAAAGCCAUUUGCUCGUCUUUGGUGGGAUGAAACUGUCCCAACGGUGGUGACUCGUGCUGAGCCCCAUAAUCAGGCAAUUCUACAUCCUGAACAAGACAGAGUAUUAACAAUUCGAGAGAAUGCCAGAUUACAAGGAUUUCCUGAUUACUAUCAACUACAUGGGCCUAUUAAAGAAAGGUACAUUCAAGUGGGCAAUGCUGUUGCAGUUCCAGUGGCUAGGGCUCUUGGGUAUGCUUUAGGAAGGGCAUUUCAAGGAUUAGCUGGUGAUAAUCCUGUGUUUAGUUUGCCAAAGAAGUUCCCUAAUAUUAAUGAAGAUCCUUCAUCUUCAUCUGAAGCUCAAUUGUAA